CAGAACCUUCUAUUUAAGAAUUGCUUCGAAAGCAGCUUUUUCCUUCUGGAAACUUCUUUGGUGGCUGCUUUCAACUCCAGCCUGCUUGUUCCUUAUCUCCGAGAGUGACUCCCUUUCUGGGGUCCACAGUGCUGGGCUGGGGUCCUCCCUGUCUUCUUUUUCUUUUUUUUUUUUUUUUUUUUUUGGUUCUUUUUUUCGGAGCUGGGGACCGAACCCAGGGCCUUGCGCUUCCUAGGUAAGCGCUCUACCACUGAGCUAAAUCCCCAGCCCCCCUGUCUUCUUUUUCUUGUGCACCAGCUUGAGUCUGGGAGGGGACCCGAGAGACAGAGCAGGAACAACCUGUCUUAACCUGUCUUAACAGGUAUAAAUACCUUCUUCCCCGAGCCCGUGCUGGGAGUAGACUCCUCUCCCAGACAACAGCUCCCACUCCUCAGGUUUGAGGAGCUUUACCCUGGAUUGGCAGAUGAGCUUGCUCGAGAAUAUCACGUUCAGUCAGGGAUGAUGGGGUUGUUUAGGAGUGGAAGGAAGUGUGAGGAAGGAAGGGCCUGUAUUAGAUGCAAGCCAGAGUCAGCCACCAGGACGGGGGCAGAGGAUGUGGGGCCUGGACCGCUGACCAGAAAGAGGGGAUGGAGAGAGAGAGAGAGAGAGAGAGAGAGAGAGAGAGAGAGAGAGAGAGAGAGAGAGAGAUUUGCCUCACAUCCUUACAUGCUUCUCCAUUCAACCUCUUAUUACAAAGGUCUCUACUGCAGCAAACAUGAAACCCUGUCACAUGUGGCUUCUGAUCUUUGGACAGUGCACAUGCCAGACUUGUCCAGCCAUGUGCAAAGUGGACGGGGCUGUCUUCAUCCUCAGGCAUAGAGGGUAGGCAUCAGGAGUGUCUGGGUUCUUGCCUUGUCCCACAGCAAUCAGCCGUGUUAUCAUGGGCAAGUGGCUGGCCUAGUGGUCUUGUGGGACUAAGGGUUUUUGUGUGUGAGUGGUAAGUCUGUGUGUUAACCGGUGACUCUUCAAACAGUAAUGACUGGUGCGGUCCACACAUGAACUCUUGGUACACACACCAGGCUUCGAAUGGAGGGUCAGGCUGAUCCGUACGCUCCCACAUGCCGUGGGCUUCCAGGCAGCAGCUCAAGGCUCUUUAAGACUUGGGGGCAUUCAGAGAUGGUUUUGGCAGAUGAAGAACUGUUCUGUGGAAGCCCUGGCCUAGGUUUGCUGAAUGUCUUUGCAGUUCAAGAGACUGUCUUAUGCCCCAGCUCCAUGCAUACGACUGGGCCACUCUACCAUGGCGCUUCCGCUUAGCCCUCUUGUGCACUCUAUAUUGAGAGACAGGCAGGCCUGAUGGCUAGGGACAGAGUGGUCUGAUACUUUAGAGUCUUCUUCGGGUUCCUAUGGUGAUUUUAGGUGGCAGCUCGUCCUCCCUGUUGAGGGCCGUCUGGCAGAUUCGCGCUGAGCUCUGCCUUUGUUUUUGUUUCGGUUUUGCAGAGAUCAACCCCAGAGCUGUAUCCUUCAUGUUCCUACCCAGCAACAGUGAAAGCCCAAAGGUUUUUGUUGUUGUUUUUAAUGGCAAAGCUUCACAGCCGGGAUCAUUGGAGGUUAAGGGUUCAGGUCAGUGAUAUCUGAGUCCAAGGGCAGCCAGCUUGGGGGGAAAAAGGCCAGGCUGUGCAGGGGUUCUAGCCUACCCUGAGCUGCCUAGUAAGCCACCCAUUGCAGGAUUAUAAGGAUUCCUACAAGUGCAGUGGGCCACUCCUGAGGGAUGGUGUCCAGUCAGCCUUUUGGAAGCUGCUAAGCCACUCUGCAUAGAACGGGGCAGCUGAGUGCUGGGGCAAUGCCUGGGUGGAGGCUCCUCUUGCCUCAGUGACUCACUAACUCCGCUGCCCUGGCCUCUGACCUGAGACUGCAGGCUGUAAGACAGGGGUAGUAACGCUGACACUGGGGAGGGAGGAGAGAGAUUCAUUGAGCAGCGGCUCUGUACAGAUCUUACAGGCACAUGGUUAAAGAUGGCGUGCCGGCAGGCCCGGGUUUAUGAUAGGUCCUAGGAUACUAAGAAAUCCACCCAGGUUGUUAUCCACGGACAGGCGUAAAAGGCACAAGAUUUAUAUGUGUGUGCUCUGGAUUUCUGGUCUUGUGUGUCGCUCAGGAAAUAUUGUGCAUGGUUUGAGGGUUUUUGUUUGUUCGUUUUUUGGGUUUUUUUUUUGCCACAUUUACUAUUUACUGUGUUUUUUGUCUUUGAAGUCGCUGAAUUUUUAAACGUGACUUAAUAUCUGUGCUUAGUCAGAACUGGCUGGACAGUUUAAUGUGAACGUAAUGUGCCCCAGAGACUAUGGCUGCAAUUGUAUUUAUAAAUUUAUUUUAUUUAUUAUCAUUAUGUGUAAAGUUACUGAGCAGCUGGGUGGAGUCUGCGUACCGUCCAGUCCACCCAUAUGCGGGUUCCAGGGAUUGAACCAGGCCAUCCGGCUCUGCAGGGCUUCUACUGCAAGCACCUAUUAUCCACAGAGCUAUCUCAAAAGCCCGUAGCCUCCUUACAGAAAUAGUAAGCGCAGACCACAGGAGGAAAAACCCCAAAAGAUUCAAAGAAGUGAAAGCGGGCAGAUAAAAGGCUGACCCUCUCCGAACAGCAAAGGGUGCUGUGUGCGUGCGGAGUCAGGCUGUGAUGGAGUCGGGCUGUGAUGGAGUCGGCAACAUGAAGGUCUCCAUUUCAUAACCCUUCUCCUUUGCUUUCUGUUGCUAUGAUGAGCACAACCAAAGGCAGCCUGAGGGAGGGGAAGGUUUAUUUCAGCUGACAGAUUACAGCCCUUCGCUGAGGCAACACCAUGGCAGGAACUGAAGCAGACGCUGUGGAGGAAGGCCGCUUACUCUCUUGCUCCAGCCAGUCCGGUUCUCCAGCUGAGGCUCCCUCUUCCCAGGUGUGUCAGGUAGACUGCACAUCACAGUGACCAUGGCAACCCAGCUUCUCAAACCCCUGUUUUCCUUUUUCUUGAGGACGCAUCUGAGGGAGUCAGGUGGGGAAAUGGCUCAGUGAAGUGUUUGCUGAGGAAGCCUGAGCUUCGCCUCCAGAACCCACACUAGAGAAAAAAAAGAAAGGAACUGGUGGGGGUGGGGGUGCUGGGGAGGUGGAGUCUGGAGGAGCUCAAGGUGGCUCUCCGGAUUCCGGCUGAAUCUGUGGGCUUCAGCUUCAUCGAGGGGAGCCCCAAAAAGCAUGGAGGAGAAUGAGUAAGAAAGGUGCCUAGCAUCAACCUCCGGGACUCCACAUACAUAUGCACACAUAUGUAUACACACAGUGCACACAUAGGUUUGCAGGCACACACAGAGAGAGAGAGAGAGAGAGAGAGAGAGAGAGAGAGAGAGAGACAGACAGACAGACAGACAGACAGACAGACAGACAUAGAGACACACAGAAAGGAGAAAAUAAUGUGAUAAUGUUCUUCCCUGCUAGGUGAGCUGGACUGGCCUCUGCAAAGUGAACUGAGAGUGACACUUGGAGAAGGGAGGCAGGGGACCUGGGGUUUGCGUCAGGGACCAUCCCGCCAUGACCCCUUCUGAGGCUGGGACACCAGCAAUGGUGUUCAUGUUCUGCCAGAACCUUCUGUCCAGUGGCAUUUGUCUUCCAAGAGAACUGCCUUCUGCCUUCUAAGGCAGACGAGCCUGUAUCCCAAAGGGGAAGCAUGGGCCACCUAAGCACUGGAGGCUGUAGGAGGACGACUUCACACAGGUGAAGGCCGGCCAGGCCAGGUGUGUUGGAAGCUUCAGACACAGCCCUUGUCUUUGCCCCUCGGCCUCUUCAGCGAUACCCUGACCCUGACUGGCAGCCCGAGCUGGAGAAAGCCACGGACUCCACAAGUCAUUCUCAGGCGCCUGCCCCCAAGUGAAGCUCACCUACCCAUUUCCCUGACAUUUCUAGCUUUUCCAGGCAAAACAAACUCGCUCCCCCCUAACCCAGGCUUGUCCCAUGCUUUGGGAUAAAGCACAAAGCAAAUAAAACAGGUCCAGCUCACCCAGAGAGCUAGUUGGAGAGCCAGCAGGAGAAAAUAUUGAGGUUGGCCAGGUCUUUGGCAGGGCCACUUGUGUCAUGCCCAGGGGGCUGGUUUCAAGAUGUCAGCCCUCCGCUCAGUGGUGUGUAGAGUGGGUUUUGCUAAGCUCUGUGUUUAUUCUGGUGCUGCCUACCAGAAUAUUAUUCCAGAAUAAUCAUGCACAUAAGCUUUGAUGCUCACUUUGCCUAAAUGCUUGUCCAUCCGUUAUCCUAACGGCGGCCCCGGGAGAUGCUCAGAGCCAGUAUUUCCACACUGAUGAUUUUCUAAGAGGCAGGACCGAGGAGGCCCAGGGAAGUGACCGAGCUGUGACACAGACCUGGGUCGUGGUCACAGAACUGUGCAGUUUAUGUCUGGAAAGUAUAUCAUGUAACAUUGCUCAGGCUAUAGAAGAGAAAACAGUUUCAGCUUCAAGGGACACUUAGGUGUUUAUGACAGCUGGCAUCAUCAGGUGAACGGUGGCUGCCAGUUCCCUUCCUAGGCUGAAAGGGACUCCAAGAAAGCCACAGGUUUGCAUAGCUCUGUCAGUAAGGUGCUCGCCACACAAGCAUGUCGGUCUGAGAUUGACCCCCAGCAUUCACAUUAAAAACUGGAAGGAGUGGCCUUCAUUUGCUGGGAAGGUGGAGAUGGGGGCUUCUGAACUCACGGCCUAGCCCAAUCUGACCCACAGUUCCUGUGAGAGACACCCAAAAACACAAGGUGGUUGGCUCCUGAGGAACAACAUCGUAGGUUGUCCUCUGGCCUCCACACAUACAUGAACAUGCACACACAUCUCAUAAUCUUAAGUUGCCAAGGUUGUCUUGAGCCACAUUCAUAGGAAUCUUUGGUCACUUGUGGCCCUUGGGAGGCAUGUUAGUCAUGCCUUUGGGCCUAGAGAGUGUAUUGAAAGGUCCCAGGACUUUGUUUAAGCAGGCGUAGUGGGACGCACAGACACAGGAGCAUGUGUUGUGAAGGAACAGAUGUAUUGUACUCACAGCCCCCUGAAUUCAUCAGGUCGAGCUCAGUGUGCCAGACCACUCAGGAAAGUGCCAGUCUUGGGCAGGUGGAGCGAGUCCAGGGAAAGGUGCUUCAGAGGAGGCAGACAGGCUCAGGAUUGUCUGAUUCGAGCAGUUGCAGUGACCUAACGGGGCAGGGCACAGUGGCCCAGGGUGUGACAGAGGCGGUGAGGCGAGAAAGCUUGGUUUGUAAAGGGGUGGUAAUCUCGAGCAGGUGAGUCAUUUUCUCCCUCUAGGAAUGCACUACCCAUCAGGCGCAAAGGCUCAAGGUACCUGUGCAUCAGAAGCCAGAAGAGGAAGGUCUCGAGUCACCUGCAGGGGGCGUGGGAUCUCAGGUUGUCUGAUGAGAGUUGGGGGGUGUGGUAUCAGUGAGGGUUUCACUAGCAGAAUGUGUUUGAGACUGGAGCUGUCAUUCUUGCAAAAGAGAAGAUUUGCAUGCUCUGUCCUCCGAGGGCAAGCAUUGCCCCGGGAGCCCUGAUUAAGUCUGAGAUCAGAAGGCAGGCUGCUGCUUCUGUGUGAGGUUAAACUAGCCUUUGCCUGAAGUUCUAUAAUGGGGAGAAGGUGCUGGCCAAAGGACCCCAGAGACCUUCUGCAAGACCAGGAGCUGCUGCAGCCCAGCCUGUUCCUUCCUUUCUUCUUCCCGCUGCCUGGAUUUCCAAGGCUCAGCCCUGCCCUCCCUCCUGCUGGCUGCCUGUGUGGCACAGUUGCCUCCCCAGCAGGCAGCCCCCGACACAGGUGCUAAUGACAGUCUCCUGCAGCCCUGGCAGACAGCGAGGGUAUCUGCCCGAGCUCUGCCAUCAUCUCGAGCAGCAAACCAGCUCUAACCAACAGGAUUGUCGCCUGUGCUGUGUCAGGCCAGCUCGUGCUGUCUGCCAGCUGCUUGUUGCGCUGCUCUGGGGACUGGGAACACGCCCAGCCCCAGUCCCCAUCUGUUGCAGGCAUGAAGAUCACCGGAGCUCCUGGGAGCAUCCGAACCUUAGAAACGGCCUGAGCUGAAGGGGUCAGGAAACCCCUUCUUGGAUUGGCCUUUGGAAGGUGAAAGCAGGAUUUGUUAGAGCGGAGAGAGCAGCUUGUCGCCGCUACCCAUCCCACCAGCCAGCAUCUCACAGUCCAGCAUCCGGAAGAGGUGACCUUGGGACCCCUCCAGGCUGAGACCUGAGUUCCUUUGCCAUGCCCCUCCUGGAUGGAGAUGUGGAGAACUCAGAGAAGCAUUCUUCUCGGAAGGUGGACAGUCCCUUUAGCUCAGGCAGCCCUUCCAGAGGACUCUUCUCCAGGGGCCCCCAGCCCCGGCCCUCCAGCCCUGUGUCUGCUCCUGUGAGGCCCAAGAUGAGCCCUGGCUCUCCCAAAACUGUGUUCCCGUUCUCCUACCAGGAAUCCCCUCCACGCUCUCCACGCCGGAUGAGCUUCAGUGGGAUCUUCCGCUCCUCAUCCAAAGAGUCUUCGCCCAACUCCAACCCGUCUACCUCUCCCGGGGGCAUCAGGUUCUUCUCGCGGUCCAGAAAAACCUCCAGCGUCUCCUCCUCUCCAUCAACACCCACCCAAGUGACCAAGCAGCACCCAUUUCCCCUGGAGUCCUACAAGCAGGAGCCUGAACGCCUAGAAAGCCGCAUCUAUGCCUCCUCAUCCCCACCGGACACCGGCCAGCGCUUCUGCCUGGCCUUCCAGAGCCCGGUCCGGCUUCCUCUGGCAUCUCCCACACACCAUGCUCCUUUGAGAACCGCGGCGCUGGCGGCGGCCCCGGGACCCGCGGAAGCCGGCAUGCUGGAGAAGCUGGAGUUCCAGGAGGAAGCAGAAGACUCAGAGAGUGGCGUUUAUAUGCGAUUCAUGAGGUCACACAAGUGUUAUGACAUCGUUCCAACCAGCUCAAAGCUUGUUGUCUUCGACACUACGUUGCAAGUUAAAAAGGCCUUCUUUGCUUUGGUAGCCAACGGAGUCCGUGCAGCGCCGCUGUGGGAAAGUAAAAAGCAGAGCUUCGUAGGAAUGCUCACAAUUACAGAUUUCAUAAACAUACUACACAGAUACUAUAAAUCCCCCAUGGUACAGAUUUAUGAAUUGGAGGAACAUAAGAUUGAAACGUGGAGGGAACUGUACUUACAAGAAACCUUCAAGCCUUUGGUGAAUAUCUCUCCAGAUGCGAGCCUCUUCGAUGCUGUAUACUCGUUGAUCAAAAAUAAAAUCCACAGAUUGCCAGUUAUUGACCCUAUCAGUGGGAAUGCACUUUAUAUACUUACCCACAAAAGAAUCCUCAAGUUCCUCCAGCUUUUUAUGUCUGACAUGCCAAAGCCCGCCUUCAUGAAGCAGAACCUGGAUGAGCUCGGAAUAGGAACAUAUCACAAUAUUGCCUUCAUUCACCCGAAUACCCCCAUCAUCAAAGCCUUGAACAUCUUUGUGGAGAGACGGAUAUCUGCGCUGCCUGUGGUGGAUGAGUCAGGAAAAGUUGUAGAUAUUUACUCCAAGUUUGAUGUAAUUAAUCUUGCUGCUGAGAAAACGUACAAUAACCUAGACAUCACGGUGACCCAGGCCCUGCAGCACCGCUCACAGUAUUUUGAGGGUGUGGUCAAGUGCAGUAAGCUGGAAACACUGGAGACCAUUGUGGACAGAAUAGUGAGAGCCGAGGUGAGGGACCGCAGCCCGCCACACAUCUUCCCUCGUGUCUGCUGGGCACACACACAGCAAGUAGUGGGUAGACUCCUUGGGAGGCUGAGACCCAGCCCUGGGAGGCAGGCCACAGGUGUCUGUAGAGGGGGUUCACGGCGUUCUAAGCCCCAGAACAGUGCUCAGUACACUCCGAUGGGAAGGCCUGCUGAGUUGAGUGAAUUUGAUGCAUUUUUGUGAGUGGAAAAUAUUGGCAAGAUACUUUCAUAGAAUGAAAACAAAACGAACACUUGAGAAAACAAAAGUUGCCCAGGAGCUUUUAGUCAGUACAUCUUGUCAGAAUAUCUGUGAAUUUAAAGAAAAAAAAUAUAUAAGGUUAUUUUAACAAAGUGAAUGGUAACAAGGUAAAGCGAAACUCUGUGUGUGUGUGUGUGUGUGUGUGUGUGUGUGUGUGCGCGCGCGCGCGCGCUUGCAUACGCACACAUGCACUCUCGAGGGUUUGCCCAUGUGUCCAUGUAGGUCGUUUCUCUCUCUCCCCCUUUAUGUGGGCUCCAGGGUUUGAACACCUGUCUUCGGGUUUGUUUGAUGAGCCCUGAACUCCCUGCACUUCAGGGCUUGUGGGAUGUUCAAGUGUACCUGCACAGGGUUCCCAGGAAGGAGGAGAGGGCCACAGUAGUGCCUACCGCACACCUUCCCAUCCCACAGCAUUCCUUCCUUCUCAGGCAGGGCUGGGAGUGGCCUCCUGUGUGCCCUUAUCCCUCCUCCAGCCCUCCCGUCAAGUGUCACUCUCAAGGACUGAAGGAUGCAGUUUCAUUCCCUCCAGAACAUUCCCUACUAUGUAAAAUGAGCCCCCAAUAACAAGGCUGUCUUGGCUUUACAAAUAUAAACAUGCAAACUAAGAGGCAAAGUGCCUGACGACUUUUGAGACCACUAAGAAGCGUCCAUAAACUUCCACAGUGAAAGCUGUACACGUCAAGUCCUGUGCUGCCUUGAGAGCCAUUGCUGUUACAAUUCCCCUGAGCCUCGUGCAGUCAGUCCAGCCUCUGUCCUAUUGAGCCCAGCGUCUGCCCUAGAGACUCCAGCUGCCUUCCUGUAGAGCCGGGCUCCAUCCUACAGGGUCUGACCUCCACGUGGCGUCCGAGUUCAUUGUCUCGGUGUUUCCUCUCCCCGGCUGUUUCCAUUGCUCUUUAGCACAGCAUUUUAAUGGAGAAUCUUUCCUUUUUUUUUUUUUUUUUUUUUUUUUGGUUCUUUUUUUCGGAGCUGGGGACCGAACCCAGGGCCUUGCGCUUCCUAGGUAAGCGCUCUACCACUGAGCUAAAUCCCCAGCCCCGAAUCUUUCCUUUUUAAAAACUGUUUUGCAUCCAUCUUGUUUUCUAGAAGGUUCUCACAUAUUUAUGAAUGCAUCCUAGUGUCUCAUGAAUGUCCUUAGGAUCAUACACCCUCCAUAGGUCAUAAGCAGCAGGAAAGGUAUCCUUCCCUUUGAUGACAGUGGACAUUAUGUGGUGAAUGGAAUCCACUGUGAGAGCUACAGAUGGGAAAAGGCCAGAUACUGAGGCCAGUAGGAUUCUGGGAGUUGCUGCUCAUGUGUUUGCAUAGAGAAGGGACCACAUGGACACAGUAGAACUAACAGGAAUCUUGCUGCAUAUGGCGUUCGCGCCAAGGGCAGGAAACUGGAGAAUGCCUGCACUCUUGCAAUUCUGUGGUUUGAAAGAAGCCAUUGGAAUGUAAAUAAGUCGUUCUCUCAAGUUACACACCUCUUAACUAAAAUUGCUUCACUAGAUGACUCUUCCCAGGGCCACCGGGAGCCAGCUUCCCAGAGCACCUAGUGUUUAACCCUAAAGCCAGUUAUGACAUCAAACCAUCGCACGCUAUUCCACACUGUGAGCUCUCCCUUCCAGACAAGAGCACCAGAGGUGACCGUACUUGCCUCGCUCUGCCACAGCGUAUCCUGAAAAUUAACACUGAUAUAUACCUGGAUGUCACAAAAAAGCCUCAGCAGGAGAGGAGAAGAGCAGAGAGCCCCCCAUUAUUUUCCACAGCCCUCCAGACUUCUUUGCCAUCUAAACCAGCUGCCUACUGGCUACAAGAGACUGAGACGGAAUAUUAAAAAUUGUGGCCGUAGUGGAGUGAGGGAAUAGCUCUGUUGAUAAUUCCCAAAUUCCAUCUACAGUAAAAACCAAGAGCACAUGUGAGGCCUGCCAGCCUCCAGUGUAGCUGAGUGGGUGACCUCCAGUCUUAGAGAAGAAUUCUUGGCCUCCAUGCCCACCACAUGCGUCCAUGCGUGCACAGAGCGGGGGGGGGGGGGUUAUUAAUUUGGAGUCUGUGUCAUUUCUUUAUAGAUAUUUUGAAGUUUGAAAGCUCAGCAGGCAGAACUGGCUGGUUUCACUUGCUGUGGUCAAGCUCUGGCUGUUACAUUUUCUAGAUCUUUCUGCAGACUGCCCAUUGCGCAGCCCCGUAGUUGUAUCUAUCUUAUGGUCACAUGAGUGCCAUUUUUUCCCAACAUGCAUUUCAAAAUCUUUUAAUUUAAAGUUUUCACGUGUGGGCUAGGAGGAUGGCUGGGUGGAUAACUUGCCUGCUGUCCAAGCCUAAGGGCCUGAGUUUAGAUCCCAGCACCCACCUAAGACAGGGCAGCAGUUGGGUCCUGUAACCCCAGCCCUGGUGGGCAGAGGUUGGUGGCCCCUAGACUCACUGGCCAGCCAGUCUAGAGAAGUGGCAAGCUUUGGGUUCAGUGGGAGAUUUCUGUUCAGUGGGGCUGGAGACAUGGUUCAGAAGCUACCAAAACUGACUGCUCUUCCAAUGAACACAAGUUGGAUUCCCAGCACCCACAUGGCUGCUCAAAACCAUCUGUAACUCCAGUGCCUCUUCUGGCCUCCACAGGCACUGCAUGCAUGUAGUAUACAGACAUGUAUGCAGGCAAAAUACUCAUACACAGAAAAUAUAAAUAAAAUAAAUGAGCAAUUAAAACAACCCUCUUGCCUCUGUGUACUGUACAUGGGCAAAUGUACCCCCUACACACACACACACACACACACACACACACACACACACACGCACACAGAGUAAA